AUAUAUAGGGCUCCUGGGCCAAUAUACUAUCCAGGGUACGUUACUUCCACCUGUGGUUAUUUCGGGUAAAAUCACUUUGGGGUAAUAUAACGGAUGAAUCAGCACUUCCUUUAACAGGGAAAUAAUUAUGUGUUUACAUCGUUACUGUUGAGUUUCGGACAGUCGAACGUUGCUUUAUGUUAAAAUUUUCUGAUGAUGACAAAUCAUUGUACACGUGACUUGUAUCUCAAAAAGGUUAUAUAAUAUAGAAAUGUCAGAGUUAAUCAGUGCAGACGAUAUGUCAGAUUGGAUGUCAAAACUACCGGAACCUGUAUGGGAACUGAGUUUGUCCGAAAUAGUCAUCCCAGGUUCCCAUAAUUCAUUCAGCUACAGACUUGAUCCUGGGUCUGAACUUGCUCCAGAUGCAAAUCCAGCCCUGAAACUACUUGGAAAUGGUAUAAUCUACAAAUGGGCAGUCACACAGGACCUAUCUUUCAAAGAACAGCUGGAGCUAGGAGUUCGCUACUUUGACCUUAGAGUAGCCUUCAGAAAGAAAACACAGAACGUUCACUUCUGCCAUUCACUUUAUGGAAUGACUGUUGAGGAUGGUAUAAAGGAAAUACUGGAUUUCUUGAAGGAACACCCCAAGGAAAUAGCUAUUCUUGAUUUCAAUCAUAUUUUUGACAUGACUGAAGAGCGCCAUAGUGAGUUUAUAAACAAGCUGAUUGAAAUUUGUGGUAGUAAAAUGUGCAUGUAUGUGGGAAUUGAAAGUUUGACAUUGAGUAUGCUGUGGGAAAAUAAUGUUCAAGUGAUAAUAAUUUAUCACUAUGAUAAGGUCGAAUCAGAAAGCGGAAAUCUCUGGCCGGGGAAAAAGUGCAUUCGAGCGCCAUGGGCACAGACUGCCAAUAUUCCAAGACUUCUCGAAUUUCUAUCUGCCUCACUAAACAACCGUGAUCCUGGACUUUUCCAUGUGAGCCAGUGCGUGCUGACCCCAGAUGCGGGUUUUCUGUUAGGACACCUUAUGGGUAGUCUGAAAAAUGACUUGGCAAAAAAGGUGAUUCCAGAGACUGUGAACUGGCUGAAGGAAACAAGAAGAAAGUUAAACAUUGUUAUGGCAGAUUAUGUUGAGUUGAACAAUUUUGUAAAAGAAGUCGUGAUGUUUAAUUUUAAGGAAUAAAUAUGUACAAUAGCUGUUUAAUCCAAGUAAUUGUUUUAUUGCAUACAAUGUGAAUUUAACUUGGUGAGAUUUUAAUGACUAGUGCUGUACUUAAAUUGUUCUACAAAAGAAUCUCAGAUAAAAAGCAAGAAUCAUUCCAUGACAUACAAAUGAAGAACAAGUUUCAUUUUUUGACGAAGUAAUGGUCCUUAUUGGGAUAUUUCUGCUUUGUGUCUUCAAGUAAAGUAGGGGACAUUUGGUUUUCACAAACACAGACUGUGUUCGUAUGUAUUAAAUUUAAUUCUUCUUGCACAUAUAUUUAUAUAUAUAUAUUUAUUUAUGUAUUCGUUUUACGCUCUUAAUUUCCUUCCCAUGACAUAUUAUGAUGAUGCUUUUCAGUUUUGUUAUGUUGUUAAGUUUUCUUGUGAGUUUUCUAUGGGAUAUUUGUUAGGAGUCUUAAAAUAGAUUUUGUAAAAAGUUUUGUACACACGCACUUUUUAACCAAAUAUUUUGAAGUAUUUUGGUAAUUUUUUUAAUAUACAUGUAUUGGUAGAUAUAGUGCGUUUUUGCCUUGUAUGGAUAAACAUACUGACAUUGGCAAGCAGAUCAGUCUCAAUUGGUUGUGGUCGUAAUUGAGGUAGCCCCAAUAUGUGGGUUCAUUUAUAAGUGAAUGCCAUUUAAGAUUUCUCUUUCUAUUUAUUUAAAUAUAGAAACACAUCAUAUCAAUGAUUUGCUACCUUUCUGUUGUUUAAUAUUCUAUAACAACAAUUUUUUUAUCAAUACCAUAUUAUCAUGAAAUGUGAUGGCAUGUUUGUUUAUACAUGUAAUGCCAAAAUCAAAAUAUGUAUGAAAGCAUAGAUUGCUCAAUGCUAAUUAUUUACAAACAUGGACUAUAAUGGUCCAAUUAUUUUGUUUAUAUAUUAUAUGUUGAUUGUUCCAUUUAAAUUUAUUAUUUGAUAACCAGGGUUUCAACUAGUGCUUUUGUUUUGCAUUUAUAUAAGAGAGCACAUGCUUGUACUAAUUUCUAAAUGAAGUAUACUUUUAUUAAAUAUUAUGAUAU